CUCAGCGUUCGAUUUAUCUCUCCAGCUUUGUGCGAUCAUUGGUCUCGAAGAGCUCUAGCUAUGUCUCAGCCAAACAAUAACAAUGGUGAUGAUGAUAAACGAUACAAGAAGAUCUUCGUUGGAGGUUUAGCUUGGAGCGUAACAACAGAUGUUUUGAGAAGUUUCUUCCAAGAAAACUGUGGAGAGGUUCUUGAAGCUAAUGUUGUCAGCGAGACUCUCCCUGAUGGUAACUUGAAAUCAAAAGGCUAUGGUUUUGUUACUUUUAGGGAUGUUGCAGCUGCAACUAGAGCUUGUCGACCUCCGUAUCCGGAUAUUGAGGGAAGAAGAACCAACAUCAAUCUGGCUUACGUUAAUGCAAAGAAUAACCCUAACCAAACUGGUUUACUGCAACAGGCUGGACCAUCGCAUCAAUAUCAACACGGUCCGUUUAAUCAGAUGGCAUGGCAUCAAUACCAGAACGGUUGGUUUAAUCAGGUGGCCUGGCAACAAUAUCCGCAAUUUUGUACAAAUCCACAGUUUCCUCAAGUCUACUGGGAUUCAUAUCGUGGAGCAUAUUUUCAAAUUCCACACCAUCCUUGCUCCUCCAACAUGAACUGGCAUCAGACCCACAGUUUACGACCUCCCGGUAUGUCUCAGCCGCCUACAGAACCAAGAUUUGAAGAGCUCCCUGCUGAUACCAAUCAAGAAGCUGUCUCCACUCCAGAUGUUGUGCGCAAUGACAACAAUGAAGAGGUCGAUACAGAAACAGACAGUGGUGUCGAUCAGCAAAAUGGAAAGGAUCAGGAUGGAGAGAUUAGUGGACAAGACAAUAGCAUCAAGCUAGAUGUUAAGGAUCAAGAAGGAGAGAUCAAUGGACAAAACAAUGGCAUCAAGCAAGAUGUUAAGGAUCAAGAAGGAGAGAUCAAUGGACAAGACAAUGGCAUCAAGCAAGAUGUUAAGAAUGAAGAGGGAAAUAUCGUGAGUGGAGAAGAUGAAAACACCAAGCAGGGUGCAGGUGUGACAAAUCAGUUUUGUUCUGCGAUCAAUGUUACACUCCAAAUCGAGACAGGCCGUGAAGAAAAAUCUGAAAACACACCACAAGAAAACGGUUUUGAUCAUGAAGAGAAGACGCAGCAUAGGAAGUUGGACUGAUCACAAAGGAGACUCAAGAAUGCAUGAGUAAGAGAAGCUGGAUCAAUCAAUUUUAUCUUCUCGCCCUUAUGUUGCUAUAUUUACUUAUUGGCCAAACGAUUUUAUUUUCAUUUACAAAACCAAAAGUCAGCUUCUAAUUAAUCUUAUUCAUAAACCUUACAAUUGCUUAGAAUCGUAUUAUUGUUGGGCAAAAGCAAGUUGCAUUAAAAUUCAUACUUAUUAAAAUCAUAACGUUCCUUCUAAGCAUAAUGGUAGAGGGUUACUAUACGUAAUAAAUUAUGAAAGCUAACUAGGUCUUGUAGUUUCUCUUCUUUAAUUUUUUUUUUUUUGUGUGUGGAUAGUAGUAGGGUGGCUCCUUUCCAGAGAAAUUUGACGGACGAACAUAAAAAGUGGAGUUUGAACUAGAAAAUUAAAAAUAUGUCCACUGAAAAGAAAAUAACUAUACAAAUAUGAGCUUUUUUGUACUUGAUGUACUAUGGGAUUCGGUUCUUGCUCCUUUACUUGAACUAGGACCAUCUUAGCCUCUAAGGUAUUAAAUUCCAAAACCACACUUUUAUAGAGUAGAAUUAGAAAACUACAUGAACAUUAAUUAGAACAUACUUUAGACUAGGUGAUUUUUCCGAUGAGCACGGGUAUAAAUAUAUAUACAAUAAAUAUAAUAUAAUAAUUGAUUAAUAUUUACUUUUAUUUUUAAUUUAAUUUAUAAUUCAUAUGUAUAAUUUAUAUUAAUAAUAUUAUAUUAUUUUAAUUAGACAUGAUUUUUGAUAUGUUAUAUCUAGUCGGUAUUGUUGUUUUCACAGUCGAUUUAGUUAUCAUUUGGGCAUAUUGAAUUGCAUCUAUUUCUCUGAAUUCAACUAUAAUGUUUUAUAUUCUAAAUAUAUUAAAGUUUGAGAAAUUCCCUUAAAUAACAGUUUUUAGUUUAUUUUCA